AUGGUAAAACUUCGUUUAAAACGAUGCGGUAGAAAGCAACGAAUCGUUGCAAUUGAUGUUCGAUCUCGAAGAGAAGGAAGAGAUCUUCGGAAAGUGGGUUUUUAUGAUCCGAUCAAGAAUCAAACUUAUUUAAACGUUCCCGCUAUUCUCUAUUUCCUUGAAAAAGGCGCUCAGCCUACAGGAACUGUUCAGGAUAUUUUAAAAAAGGCAGAGGUUUUUAAGUAA